CCGGCAAGCAGGGAGUUUCCUGCCUCUCAGUCGGGACUUGGAGACUCCGGCGUCCUCCGGCUUUUCAUGGAAGAGAUGUCAGGAGAAAGCGUGGUGAGCUCAGCCGUGCCAGCGGCUGCUACCCGCACCACCUCCUUCAAGGGUGCGAGUCCCAGCUCCAAGUACGUGAAGCUGAACGUGGGCGGAGCCCUGUACUACACCACCAUGCAGACGCUCACCAAGCAGGACACCAUGCUCAAGGCCAUGUUCAGUGGGCGCAUGGAGGUGCUCACUGACAGUGAAGGCUGGAUCCUCAUCGACCGCUGCGGGAAGCACUUUGGGACGAUACUCAACUACCUUCGGGACGGGGCUGUGCCACUGCCCGAGAGCCGCCGGGAGAUUGAGGAGCUGCUAGCAGAGGCCAAGUAUUACCUCGUCCAGGGCUUGCUGGAAGAGUGCCAGGCAGCCCUACAACAGAACAAAGACACUUACGAGCCAUUCUGCAAGGUUCCUGUCAUCACUUCAUCCAAGGAGGAACAAAAACUUAUAGCCACCUCCAACAAGCCAGCUGUGAAGUUGCUCUACAACAGAAGUAACAACAAAUACUCCUAUACCAGCAAUUCUGACGACAAUAUGUUGAAAAACAUUGAACUGUUUGAUAAGCUGUCUCUGCGCUUUAAUGGAAGGGUCCUGUUCAUAAAGGACGUCAUUGGGGAUGAAAUCUGCUGCUGGUCUUUUUAUGGUCAGGGCCGCAAGAUCGCCGAAGUCUGCUGUACUUCCAUCGUCUACGCCACCGAGAAGAAGCAGACCAAGGUGGAGUUCCCUGAAGCUCGGAUUUAUGAGGAGACCCUGAAUAUUUUGCUGUACGAGGCCCAGGACGGCCGGGGACCUGACAAUGCGCUCCUGGAGGCCACUGGCGGGGCGGCCGGGCGAUCCCAUCACCUGGAUGAGGACGAGGAACGGGAGCGGGAGCGGAUCGAGCGUGUGCGGCGGAUCCACAUCAAGCGCCCAGACGACAGGGCCCACCUCCACCAGUGAGCCGCCGGCGGACCUGGGCGCCCUCCUCCCCACCUCCCCCUCCCCCCAUCCUGCCCCACUCAGAUCCUAUGCAGGCUUCCAGCACCUUCCACUUCCCCUGGAGCCACUUUUGUAACACGCCAGAUGAUUAUUUUGCUAUGUCUGGACAAGGUGGGCUGAUUCUGUCUUGCCCGGGUGUGUGCACCCCUCCUGUUGAACACGCUGUGGCUUAGGUCUCCACUCUGCGAGAAUCUGAGGAGCCAGGCUUUCUUGGUUCUCUGAAAAAAAGUCCAAAUGUGAGAAGUGUAUGAGAGGACUUUUGUUAGCAGUAUUUAUUUUUGUGAGUAUUGACUACCUGUUAGGGUUUCUCUUCAAGUAGGGCUCUGCAGUUGGCGGACAGGAGUGGUACUGAGCCUCCUAUCCUUUAGCCUUCUGGCCUCGGCACACCAGUCCCUGUGCGUUCUGGUGAACAGCUGCAGUGUGUGGCCGUGGAAUGGGACCUGAGGAGCAUCUGGUCUCUUGUGUUCCUUAGUGAUGCUUUGGGUGGAAAGUCCCAAGGAGCAAAUGUCUGCCACCCUGGCUGACCUUGGUCUGGUGCAUGCUGGAACCACCAGCCCGGCAAGGAGCAGAACUUUCCCUGGCAGUGCAUACCCUGGUUCUCCCUGGCUCCUUCCACUCCCUGUCCUUAGCCCACCCCAUUCCUGGAGGGUCCCCUGGCCGCCUCGCAGGCUGAGCAGCCCAGGAUCCACUCCUUCCCCUGCACAGAUGGGCACCUUGCCUUUUUGGUCAGCAUCCGUGUGGCUCCAGUUGCUUCUCCCAGCCUGGUACUCAGGCAGGUGCCAGCUCCGAGGGAGCGUGUCCAUCUCGGGGCGGCCUGGCUGCUGUAAGCACCGCCCUCUGUAAAUCGCCUCUUGUCCUUGAGUUUGAGCGGCCAGCAGUGACUAGGCUGGGUGUGCGUGCAGAUACCCAUGGGUCCUGUUUGUGUUCGUGUUUGUUGGGGGAAUGUGUGUGACUGUCGGUGGGGAUGGAUGCUUGCAGGGCACAGGCAGCCCUCGCUGAGCCUGGCUGUGCACGGUGCUCGUGUAGGAUGGACGUUCUCGGUUACCUACCUCCCAGAUUCUUCUGCAUCUGCACGGGAACAGUGAGUUGUGGCCGAUGAAGUGGUUGAGAGUAGCCUAGGUAAAGUAGUACAGGGAGAUGUGAAUGUGUGUCUGGUAAUGGAUGGAACUGGUCUGCUUGGCCAGGGACUUGUUGUCAUUUUAUACCAAAGGUAUUCUCACAUGGGCAGCCUUUUGACAGGUGUAUUCCAAAAAAUGAGGUUCUAUUUUGGAACUCUUUUUUUUGUUGUUUCUUUUUCGGUGUAGUGUUUGUAUGCAGCGCCCUUCCAGUGACAGUUGUAUGCCUUUCUUUUGUAUCCAGCAGCAGAGCCACAGUAAAACUUUCAAUCAAUCAUGCCUUCCACCCAAACCCAUGGAUUGGGUAGACACUUUUUAAACUGUUGUAUGGGAAACUUUUAUAUUAGGCUAUUUGGGCUUUAUUACAGUGCUAAGGAAAGGGAACUUAAAAAAAAUGUUGUUUCAUAAACAUUUUAUACUGUUGAAGUUUUAAAUGCCAACCUUGGCCCUUGGGUUAAACUUUUUUAGAAAGUUCAAGUAAAUGUCAGUUCUGAUGUUUUCCGUAGGAAUGGAAAGCCAUUGUGUAUCAGUUGUUUUUUUAAGAUGUUUGUGUGCAGAGUGAGUUUGUAGAACAAUCACAUUUGUUUCAGCUUCAGCACCUCAGGACCUGGUGUUCCUGGCAGUGCUCCCCCCUAACUGCACCUCUCAUUGUGCGUCCGUCCCCUAGGGUCCAGGCGACACGGGCUACAGUGAAUAGGACUGUUAGUAAAGAGUGAGGUUUUAUUACACUGUAAUAGCUUACAAUUAAGAGGCUGGGACAGCUGUUGGUCCAUGGUAAUCAAGGUUUGUGUGGCUGCGGCCCAUGUGCCGCCCUCUCCUUCCUGUGGCACAGCUGGUCGGCCUUGGUACAGGUUCUGGCCCUGCUGAGGCAUCCUCCCCUGUACCCUACCAACUGUGCGUGAACAGCCACUCCGCCCCCCCCACCCCCCCACCCCAGACUGUGUGAAGCCCAUGCCACACUUCCAUGAACGUGUCACUCCAUGCUGUUAAGUUUUGAAAGUAGUCACAGUUUGUCUUGUACAAGCAUUGUGGGCAUACGUAAAAUAAAAGUUUUACCAUGCUG